CAUAGCUCCAGUCGUGGAGAGCCUAGCACUGGUGCAGAGUUCGAAAUCACAAGGAAAUCUCCGGAAUCUGCGACCUUGAAGUCAGGCAGCACCCUCAUUAAACACCACACAGUCUCAGCAUGGGGGCUUCUUAUGGCAAGAAAAAAGCAUACAACAUUGAGCAGCAGAGUGUGAAAAACAGAAAACACCAGAAUGGAGUGGCCUCAGCAUAUGCUGAUAUCCAAUGGGAACAGCCUCACCAGCCAAGAAUUCCAGACAGGGACCCGUUUGGUUAUCCUCAUCGCGAGAUACCCCCAGUGGCCAGUUAUGCUCCUCAGCCCGAUUACAUGACAGAGGAUGAUGACCUCAUCAAGCCCAAAAAGCUGGUCAAUCCAGUGAAAUCCUCUAAAAGCCACCAGGAACUUCACAGGGAGUUGCUAAUGAACCAUAAACGGGGUAUUUGUGUGGAGAAUAAGCCAGAACUGCAGCAAGUGUUGGAGCAAAGGAAGAGAGAGCAGAUGAUAAGACAGAGAAAGCAGGAGGAGGAGGCUAGGAGGAAAAUCUCUCCACUGGAACAAGAGCUCCUCAAGAGACAACAGAAACUGGAGGAGCUAGAGAAAGAACAAGCAAGACUGGAGGACAGUAAUUGCAAUGCUCUGGAGUUCAUCAAAGUGAAGGAGAAGCUGAGACGAACAUCAUUUACAAGUUCUGGAGAGAAGGAGGUGUAAGGGUGUAGACAGACUGGAUCUAUAUGUGCAUAUGUUUGUACACAACCAGUAACAUAGAGACCUGCUGCAGCUCCUAAACACCACCCACAUGACUGUGCGUCUCUAUUUCCUGACUCACACCAACAACACUAUCACCUCUUUAUGCAGCAGGUUACUAGAGAGCAGAGUACAAGAGCCUUUGUUACAGCUCCACAUUACAAGGAAGUUGAGGCUCAAGGGAUUUUGAGAGACUGCAAGGAGAAAACAAGUGUUUGGUUUAGAUUUGUUCAUUUUACUAUAUCUGCUCCAGAUUGGAUCUGAUAAGUUAAAGAUGAAGGUGCUUAUGUGUUCGUGUUUGAAUAGAUGGACAGCUAUGUUCUGGUUUAUUCAAACAAGGUGAAAGGGUGAAAACAAGGUAUAAUGUGUUGUUUCAAAGUUAAUAAAUAGCCUUCUGACAUGUAUUGAUCUCAAAACAGAAGCAGAACAUUUAAUGCGUCAAUUAGAGAGACAAGUGAUUGCUUAUCAAACCAACUGUUCAUUGCCUAAAUUUGAACAUUGUCUCUAAUACCUAACAAUCAGCACUUGACACUUUUAAAAGAGAAUCUAAUGAUUAAGAUUAUUUUCAGUCUUUCGACGGUUUUGAUUUGAAGCAUAACUCUGAGACAAUGAAACUGUGUGCAAGAGAUCAUUAUUUUACAUCAUAAAUGACAACCAGUAAUUCAGAAACAUCUUUAUAAUUAUGAUUUUGUGAAUGUUCACAAAUGAACCUUGAUACAAAGCUAACAUUCUAAUUUGACGCAACAGAUAGUUAGAGCUGUGUAAAAAAGAGGGAAGUUGUCUGGUUUGGAAAUGUUUGUGCUUACUCCAGUGCCUUUGUUAAAAUAACAGAACAGGAGAGGCUGCCUGGCUGUUACUGCAGUUCAAGCAAUUCUGCAUAGAUUUUGUUUGUAAUUUCAUCUUUAUGAAACGUAACCUAAAGCAAAUAGCUGUUUGUGUCUGAAAGAAAAAGAAUGGGGCUUACUUUCAAAAGAUGGACUGCUUUAAUCUAUGACUUUAAUUGACCACUUAAAAAGAAACAUAAUAUGGGGCACUAUGGAAUGAACUGAGAGCAAGGAUAAGUGCAAUGUGCAGAACAUUCUCUCUCAGAAAAUGAUUGCUUUGUUUCUAACAUAAAUUGUAUCCAUUCUUUUAAUCUCAUGUUCAGUGUUUGGGUUUUAAAAGCACAAAAAAAGUGAUUCUUGCAUUUAUUGGCUCCUAAAGCCUAUCAAUCAAUGUAUUACUUGGUUAUGUACACAUUCAUAUUUUCUGCCCUGUGUUUAAUUUAAUGUUAUUUUAAUGUUGAUGUUGUUACAGUUGAUAACUGACAAAAUAUGGCAAAGUAUAGGCUACAUGUAUUUUCAGUAGCUUUAGCCAUGACUAUAAACAAAGAAAUACUUACAAAAAAUGUAAAUAAAUAAAAAGAUGUAUACAUGUAUACAAAUAAAGAAACUAAUGUUA